AUGUCAAACCAAACCGCUCCAACGUCAAAACCAAAGGUGCUCAAGAUGACAGCUCCUGGGACACUAAUAUCCAGACCGUACUUUUUCUCCUUCAAAAUCAGUCCUUUGACCUCGUUGACGGUAAGUGCCUCACCAGCGAAAAGUAGCGAGAAAAGAAGCACCAACACACCGACCAUCGUAGCAGAACCUGGUUCUUUCACCAAUAUUCCAAUGAUUAAGAUCUCAACAGAGGCAGCCAGAUUGAAAAGAAUCAAGAUCAACAAGGAGACCCAAAACUUAUUUUCUUCCAUGUUGAGGCCAACCAAUGGGUAG